CCUUCGGUUUCUUCUUAGAUAUUUGAUUAGUGAGUUUACAGACAUAAACAUGACUGACAGCGAGAACUUCAAAUCAAAAAUAACAAUUUAUGUCAUUGUGUGUUGGCUUCUUGCAGCCUCUGGCGGCCUCAUGUUCGGCUACGACAUUGGAAUUUCAGGUGGAGUGACGGCCAUGGAUGACUUCUUGAUUGAGUUUUUUCCAGCAAUCUAUGAAAGAAAGCUGCAUGCAAAGGAAAACAAUUACUGCAAAUAUGACAAUCAAAUUCUCCAGCUUUUUACUUCUUCAUUAUACCUUGCUGCUUUAUUUGCAAGCUUUCUCGCAUCAAAAGUGUGCAACAAAUUCGGCCGGAAACCCACCAUUCUAGUUGCCUCUUUCUUCUUUCUCGCCGGAGCUGCUAUAAGUGCCGCCGCUCAACGCCUCUGGAUGCUCAUUGUUGGCCGGAUUCUUCUUGGCAUGGGCGUCGGUUUUGGCAAUGAGGCCGUUCCUCUAUUUUUGUCAGAGAUAGCCCCUGUAAAGUACCGUGGAGCUGUGAAUAUUCUCUUCCAGCUUCUUGUAACUGUAGGGAUAUUAAUUGCAAACAUUGUAAAUUAUUUAACCUCAAAGGUGCAUCCAUUCGGGUGGAGAAUAUCUCUGGGGCUCGCCGGUGUACCCGCCUGUAUUCUGUUUUUGGGCUCCAUUGUUAUCACUGAGACACCAACUAGCCUAAUCGAGCGAGGAAAAGAUGUAGCAGGCAAAAAUAUACUCAAAAAGAUACGAGGUGUUGAAGAUGUUGAAGCUGAAUAUGAGCAAAUUAAAAUGGCCAGUGAUCUAGCUAGUCAAGUGAAGCAUCCUUUUAAAGAACUCAUGAAGCUGCAUAGCAUGCCGCAGCUAAUUAUUGCUAUAAUGCUGCAAGUUUUCCAGCAAUUUACAGGAAUUAAUGCUAUUAUGUUUUAUGCGCCUGUUUUGUUUCAAACUGUGGGAUUCAAGAACGAUGCUUCCUUGUUGUCUGCUGUUAUCACUGGAAUUGUAAAUGUGCUUAGCACCCUCGUUUCGAUCGUCCUUGUUGAUAAAGCCGGCAGGAGAAAAUUGCUUCUCCAAGCCUGUGUACAGAUGUUCAUCAGCCAAGUUGUAAUUGGGGCGAUUCUGCAGUCUCAGUUGCAAACUACAGGUUCACUUUCAAAAGGGUCUGCGAUUGUGGUGGUGCUAUUUGUGUGUCUGUUUGUGAUGGCUUUUGCUUGGUCAUGGGGUCCCCUUGGUUGGCUGAUACCCAGUGAAAUUUUCCCUCUGCAAACCAGAACUGCAGGGUUCGCAUUUGCCGUCAGCUCAAACAUGCUCUUCACUUUCCUUAUCGCUCAAGCAUUCUUAUCAAUGUUGUGUCAUAUGCGUGCUGGCAUUUUCUUCUUCUUCGCCGCUUGGAUUUUAAUCAUGGGGCUUUUCGCACUCUUUCUGUUGCCAGAGACUAAAAAUGUUCCAAUCGAUGUCAUGGUUGAGAGGGUCUGGAAACAGCACGGAAUCUGGAAAAGGUUCAUGGUUGAUGCUAAUGAAGGAAGCAGAUAUUCUGAGCAUAACAUUGCUUGAUGCUAAUCAAUGAAGAAAAACCCUGGAGCAAAGAAUCUAGAGACCGUAUUGUAAUUCGGAGAGGAAAAUGAUUCAGGGAUUUCAUAAUUAUAUAAGAUAAUUGUUAGGAUGAAUAUUUAUCUUGGCUGGACAUGGCUUGUCAUAUAUAAGAGUAAUUUUAUAUAUAUAUAAAAGAUUCUACAAAUGAUAUUAUUCUA